ACUGAGAGAUUCACUACAACUUUCGCAAUGGCUCUUCCUGCUUUGUUCACAAGCUUCGUCCCCUCCUCAAUCAGCCAUAACCAACCCUCCCUCUUGUCCUUUAGACACCCUCGCUGCUCCUCCUCCUCCUUCUCCUCAAGCGCUAAAUCGGUGACAUGCGCCGUGACGAUCGAGAAUCCAGAGAUCGUGAGACGUUCGGCAAAUUGGAAACCUAAUGUGUGGGACUACGAGUUUCUCCAGUCACUCGGAGUUGAUUACACGGAGGAUAAAUAUGCCGAGCAAGUCCCAAGGUUGAAGGAAGAAAUCAGGGGUCUAUUCAACAGGGAGAUGAACCAGGUGGCCAAGCUCGAGUUCAUUGACGCAGUUCAAAGACUCGGACUAGGAUACCAUUUUGAGACGGAGAUAAAAAAUGCUCUCAGUUCCAUCUAUGACAAUGCCGGAUAUGCUCAGCUUUUGAACGAUCUCCAUGCAGUUUCCCUUGGAUUCCGGUUACUUAGACAACAUGGAUACAAAAUAUCGCAAGAUGUGUUUCAACAAUUUAUGAACAAGAUGGACACGUUCAACGAAUCACUCAAUAAGGAUGCGAGGGGGCUUCUUGGUCUUUAUGAAGCUUCUUUUCAUGGAUUGGAAGGUGAAACCAUCCUUGAUGAAGCGAGGAACUUUGCUUCUAAGCAUCUAAAGGAUCUAAACCUCGACAAAGUUCCCGCUAUGUUAGCGAGCUACGUGAGUCAUGCAUUAGAUAUGCCGAUCCACUGGAGGCCAAAUAGGUUGGAGGCUCGGUGGUUCAUGGACAUGUACGAGAAACAGCAAGACAUGAUCCCUUCCUUGCUGCGAUUGGCUAAAUUAGACUUUAAUCUAGUGCAAUCAGUCCACAAGAAGGAAGUUAGCAAUAUGGCAAGGUGGUGGGUUGAACUUGGCGCGAACAAGAUGACCUUCUUCAGAGACAGAUUGGUGGAACACUAUUUUUGGACCUGCGCCAUGGUUUUUGAACCUCAGUAUACAGCUUAUAGGGAAAUGACGACGAAGCUCACUUGUAUGGUGACACUUAUCGAUGACGUUUAUGAUGUAUAUGGGACACAGGAAGAACUUGAGCUCUUAACAGAUUUUCUUGUUAGGUGGGACAUCACAGAAAUCGAUAAGCUUCCUCCAACAAUAAGGGAUAGUUACAUGGCCUUGUACAACACAACCAAUGAAAUUGGGUAUUGGACGAUGAGAGAGCUAGGAAUCAACACCAUUCCUUACAUGCAAAAAGUGUGGGCGGAUGAAUGCAAGGCGUACAUAAAGGAGGUCCAUUGGUACAACAAAGGAAUCAAACCGACAUUGAAGGAGUACAUGGACAAUGCGGUGGAUUCAAUCGGAGGGCUGAUUAUGCUGUUGGGCAGCUACUUCCUAACCACGGACAAAUUGACGGAAGAGGGGCUUGAUUACGUGUCAAAAAUCCCGAGUGUCAUGCAUUGCUCUGCCAAGAUCCUUCGACUUAACAAUGAUCUCAGUACCUCAUCAUAUGAAUUGGCGCGAGGAGACAACUUCAAGGCACUAGAAUGCUACAUGAAUGAAACCGGUGCCUCGGAAGAGGCCACGCGUGAGCAUGUCAGGCAAAUGGUGCACGAGACCUGGAAGAGGAUGAACAAAGAUGUGUUUGAGGACUACCCAUAUUCUGGGUUCGGGCCUUUUCUCGGCGCUUGUCUGAACUUGGCAAGAGCUUCUCAGUGCUUUUACCAGUACGGAGACGGACACGGCCUUCCUGACAACGAAACAAAGGACCACCUUGUGAGGGCACUAUUCGACCCUGUGCCCCUCGAUUAGGGAUGCAUAUUACUGACAGAGGUGUCGCUGUUGGAGAGAACCUAUUGACUUAUGUGUUAUUAUUAGCUUUUGGGGUGGGCGGCUUUGGAAGCUUUAAGACUUUGAAACUGUUGUAAUUGAAGCCUAUACGAUAGAUGGGCGUUGUACGAGCUCCAUAAAAUUCGCUGGGGAACCUCAUGCUAUUUGGGACUUUGAGUUGUGGUUGAUAUACAUAAUUGAUAAUAAAAUUUGUGGUGAUUAUUGAUACUUAA